AUGUCCUCCUCCCCAAAGAAAGACUGGAGCGCAACCCAAUACCUCAAAUUCGGCGACCAACGCACCCGCGCUGUGCGCGACCUCCUCUCCGCCGUCCCCCUGACCUCGCCAACCCGCAUCGUCGACCUGGGCUGCGGCCCGGGCAACAGCACCGAAGUCCUUGUCGCCCGCUACCCCAACGCCGCCAUCAGCGGCAUGGACUCCUCCUCCGACAUGCUCUCGAAAGCCGCCGCGGCGCUUCCCGGCAUCGACUUCGUCAAGGGCGACCUCACCACCUACGAGCCACCCCCGGGCACCGACCUGCUCUUCUCCAACGCCGUCUUCCAAUGGUUGCCCGGCCCCGCGCGUAUCCCCACCCUUGCGCGGCUGAUCAAAACCCUGCCAUCUGGCGGCGUGAUUGCGAUCCAAGUCCCCGACAACUUCCACGAGCGCUCGCACCGCCUAAUGCGCGAGACCGCGGCAGACGGGCCCUGGGCUGGCAUCUUGAGUAAGCUGAACCCGGAGCGCGACCCCAUCGCGGCGCCGGUGACGUUCUACAAUGAGUUGAAGCCGUUGUGUAAGAGUGUGGAUAUCUGGCACACGCACUAUCAGCAUGUGCUGGAGGGCCCGGAGGCGAUUGUGGAGUGGGUCAAGGGGACGGGGCUGCGGCCGUUUGUGGAUCCGUUGGAUGAGGGGAUGAGGGAGGGGUUUUUGGAGGCGUAUUUGGAGAGGAUUGCGGAGGCAUAUCCGAGGUUGCAUGAUGGGAAGGUUAUGCUUACUUAUCCGAGGUUGUUUUUGGUGGCUGUGAAGGCAUAA